UUUAAUAAUUUGAUAUACUUCAUAAUCUUCUAUUAAGAAAUUACCUUCAUCCUUUAUUCUUUUUUCAUAAUAAUUCUUUUUAUAGUAAAAGGUAUUAUAAUUAUGUAUUUGUGUCUUCAUUAAUUGACCGUAUAACAAGGUCAAUACCAAAACAUGGACCAUGUUUAUAAUAAUUACUUAUUGCACGAGAUAUAUUUUCUUAAUAGCAUAUUUAAAAAGUUUAUUCUCAUUCAUAAAAGAAAAUAUAAAGCUAUCUUUCGUAUUUCCCCACGUAUCAGAAUUUAUAUUAAAGAGUUAUUAUAUCCACCAAUAAUCUCUUUCGUUCCAUUUACUUUAAUAAAUGUGACGGUAUUAGGUUUAUCAUCACAUAAAGUAUGAAAUUUUUUAGUAGUAAAUCCGUUUCGGCUUCGUCUUAGUAGCAAUUCUAGUUUAUAUGGUAAAUAUAAUUCUCUGAUUUGAGAAAAUUUAUCUAUAAUAACUCUCUUGUCAAUCAUGUGAAAUAAUCAAAUUAUUAAC